ACCCUUAACCUCUCAAGGUCUUCAGUCUUGGGAUGUCGUGCGUCCGAAGAGCUUCUGAUCACUGCACAGCCGCGAUGCACACUUCAUAUGUGGGACAUACGAAGGCGGAGUGUGAAGAGGAUGGAGGAGGGAAAACAAAUAUGGCGUCGCUCCUGUAUAUUUCAGAAUAUUAGGUUUUAGCUACCGUUGGAUUUUCUGUCUGAGAUUUGAGAAUUUUCAAAUUAUUGUAUGUAUACGGGACACAAUCCCAGCUGAACACUACAAUGGCUAGCAGUGGUGCGACUCCGGAACCUAGUACUAGUACUACAGAUGAUGCUGCCAGAACUGGAAUAGGAGUUGUUGGUAGUCCUGCUGGAAAUCAAAGUGAACAGCCUGUGCGCCCUAACAACCAUGUACAGCGCAUUCAACUUCGAAAGAAACAAGUUUCCAACUGGCCUCACAGUAAAAAGCUUUUAAAGUUAGCAAUCUAUUCAGCAUGCCAGGGUGACAGUUGUAAAUGUAAUGGAUGGAAAGCUCCAACUCCUCCUGCUCGUUCACCACGUGCCGAUUCAACACAGCCUUUGGCUAAUUUCACAGAUCCAUGUCGAUGCUGUACUCAUGACCUACGCUCUCAUGUUACUCAUUUAGAAUCUAUUGAUGAAAAUGAUCUAAAUAAAUUAUUGGGUAUGGUGGUUGAUGUGGAAAAUAUAUUUAUGGCAAUGCACAAAGAAGAAGAUGAAGAGACCAAAAGAGUUUAUUUUUAUCUAUUCAAGUUAUUAAGGAAAUGUAUAAUGGCAAACACUACUCCUACAACAUCAGAAGGACCUUUAGGACAACCUCCCUUUGAAACUCCUAGCAUUCACCGUGCUGUUUCCAAUUUUGUUUUGUUGAAGUAUGCCCAUGCCACUCAGAGGGAAUAUUCCACUAUGUCCGACUUGGCUAAAAUGUUUUUGCAUUGCCUAAACCAUUGGAAUUUUGAGGCUCCAAGUGUCAAGAAGAAUACUUUGUCAACUGAAGACUUUAGCCUCUAUAAAAUUCAUUAUACAAGGUGGCUUGUCUUUUGUCACAUUCCUGCAUUUUGUGACUCUUUCCCUCAUUCGGAAACUACACAAGUUUUUGGACGGUCAUUGCUCAGAUAUGUAUUUAAGUCUGUUAAAAGGCAACUGAAAGAAAAAAUUAAAAAUGAGAAGAAUCGCAUGCCACAUGAGAAACGUUACCUCCUUUUGAAUAACUUUCCAAGGUUUCUGGCUCAGCUAGAGGAAGAAAUUUAUGCUGUAAGUUCACCCAUUUGGGAUGUUGAUUUCAAACAUGAACUUCCUGCACAUUUACAACAUUUACAACCUCAUGAUCCUAAAGUUGUAAUGGGUGUACGAAGACCAGGAGAAUUUGAGAAAUUAAUGGUUAUGCCAAACGACAAGGAACAAUUUACGACAAUUAACUUAACUCCUGGAAUUGGCAAAAAGCAUGGAAGACCUGAAACUGGAGCUGCUUUGGAGCCUCAUGCUAAACGAGCAAGAAUAGAGGAUAGCUGUGAUGAUGUUUCCGAUCAGACAAUUGCUCAAAUCAUUGCAACUAUAAAUGAUCCUAGCUGCAUGGCUGGACCUGAGGCUGUUUUCCCAGAGAACGCACCUCGAGACGCAGCAGUCAAGGUAGAAGAAUCUAAAGGAUUAAUACGAUUUCAUGUUGUUGGUAACUCACUGUCACAAUCUGUGUCCAAGCAAACUAUGCUAUGGCUGAUUGCCCUUCAAAAUGUAUUUUCACACCAACUACCACGUAUGCCUAAGGAAUAUAUAACAAGACUUGUCUUUGAUCCGAAGCACAGAACUUUGGCUUUAAUAAAGGACAAUCGGGCUAUUGGAGGUAUAUGCUUCCGCAUGUUUCCAGAACAAGGAUUUACUGAGAUUGUCUUCCUUGCUGUAACUUCUAAUGAGCAAGUAAAGGGGUACGGCACCCAUCUCAUGAAUCAUCUGAAAGAUUACCACAUACGAAAGAAUGUGUUACAUUUUUUGACUUUUGCUGAUGAGUUUGCUAUAGGAUAUUUCAAAAAGCAAGGUUUCAGUAAGGACAUUAGACUGCCUCGUGGAUGUUACCAGGGUUACAUUAAAGAUUAUGAAGGAGCCUCAUUAAUGCACUGUGAAAUUGACCCCAGAAUAGUCUACACAGAGUUUACUGCUGUAGUUCGCAAGCAGAAGGAGAUUAUUAAAAAGCUGAUUGAGCAGCGACAGCAAGAAGUACAAAAAAUACAUCCGGGCUUGACAUGUUUUCGAGAUGGUGUCCGUAGUAUUCCUGUUGAAAGUAUCCCAGGUAUCCUUGAAACUGGAUGGAAACCUGCAGCACGGUCUACGCGUGCCUUGCAGCACUCACCAGAGGAAAGUCAUGACCAUGAUACUCUACAACAAACAUUACGUCAAGUCCUAAACACUAUUAAAGGCCAUAGCUCUGCAUGGCCAUUUCUUAAGCCAGUGGACAAAAAUGAGGUACCUGAUUAUUAUGAACACAUCAAGUAUCCCAUGGAUCUAAAAACUAUGGCAGAUCGUCUGAAAUCUCACUACUACACUACACGACGAUUGUUCAUAGCUGACAUGACCAGAAUAUUCACCAACUGUCGUCUCUAUAAUUCUCCAGACACUGAGUACUAUAGAUGUGCCACAGUCUUAGAAAAAUAUUUUCAAACCAAAAUGAAGGAGUUAGGGUUAUGGGAUAAAUAAGGUUUGAAACAACAAUCUUUGUAAUAUAUCUAACGUAAAUCAAUGAAAUUAUGAGAUUUUUACGGUGUAAAUAGAGUGAUUUUUUUUGUUGACUUUUGUUAUUCAUAAACUCAGUUAAUCAAAGUGUUUCUUGUUUAUGAAGUGUUUGACCUUAGAAUAUUUAUUUGUAUGUGGCCCAAUGACUGUGCAAUCCUGCUUUUGUUUAAGUUUUUAGAUUGUAUCUAGGUUCUUUUUUUUCUUUUUUUUUUCUUUUGUGAAUACUGUAGGUACCCGUCUAUAAAUCUCUGCACAUUUGUUCUUUUCUAAUUUUUCUCUGAAGUUAUUCAUACUUUUCAUCAAUGUUCAGUUGUUGUGCAUAUCUAGUCACCAAAUUGACAUUUUCAACUAAAUGUUUUUUAACCUCUUUCUAUCUAAUCUAUCCGUCUCCUGUGAAAUGGUUUUGAUUUUGUUUUAUCCAUGCAUCAAAAAUGAGAUUUUUGAGGGAAUUUAAAAUGUCAAAUGCUGUUAUGUUUAAUUUUGUUUUGUGAUCCUUGAUGAGCAAAACUUCAUUAGAUACCAAAUGUAUAUGAAAUUUGGUUUCUUCAAAAGUUAAAAUUAAAAUGUGCAGAUUGAAUGCAGUACUCAACUUUCCUGUACUCAAAAGCUUGCUAGUUCAUUCAUUGAUUGAUAUACUGCAAUUAUUACAUUUAAUACCUAGAUGUUAUUUGAUAAAAUUUGAUUUUUAGAAGAGAGAGAUGACAAUAUUUUUCAUGCAAAUUCUAUAUUACUAUUUGUAAAUAAUCUGAAUUGUAUAUGUACAUAUAAUCACAAGUCAUGAAUUAAAACUUGAGACCAUGUAGAA